GCAGUCUCGCUCGCUCACUCACUGACUAACCUAUUACCCAGCACCUGUUCAAAUGUGGUGGAUUUUGUGCACACUACUUUUGAAAUGUAUAUUGUCUGUCAGCUUACGGUUUUCCCUAAUCUCUCGUCUUUUCUCUCACCCUCUCUUCUCUUGUCUUUCCAUCCUCUUCUCUCAUCGCCAUGCUUUAGCCGCAGGGGAUGGUUGAGCCCAGCGUCUGCCAUGCUGUGGUGGUUAUCUUCCUGGAAUUCUUCUCCUGGGGGCUGCCCACCACGCCCAUGCUUACGGUCUUACAUGAAACAUUCCCUCAACACACAUUCCUGAUGAAUGGGCUUGUUCACGGUGUCAAGGGUCUGCUGUUGUUCCUGAGUGCUCCUCUGAUUGGAGCAUUGUCAGACGUACGGGGGAGGAAGUCAUUUCUACUGCUAACAGUCUUCUUCACCUGCGCCCCCAUUCCUCUCGUGAAGAUCAGCCCGUGGUGGUACUUUGCAGCCAUAUCCAUGUCCGGUGUGUUUGCAGUCACAUUCUCUGUGAUCUUUGCGUAUGUGGCAGACAUCACAGCAGAACACGAGAGGAGCACAGCCUAUGGUUUGGUGUCGGCCACGUUUGCAGCUAGCCUAGUGACCAGCCCUGCAAUCGGAGCGUACCUGUCUGUGACGUAUGCGGACACCUUGGUAGUGAUCCUGGCUACUGCCAUCGCCCUGCUAGACAUCUGUUUCAUCCUGGUAGCUGUCCCUGAGUCACUGCCUGAGAAGAUGAGACCGGCCUCCUGGGGGGCACCCAUAUCCUGGGAGCAGGCUGACCCCUUUGCUGUGAGUAGGCUGACCCCUUCGCUGCGUGGUCCAGGGGAUGAUAACAGGUAUCCAUGGUCUGUGUAACAGUCUGGGCCCAGCAUUCUAUGGCUUCAUCUUCUAUCUGUUCCACAUGGAGCUGACUGAUCUGGACGCAGUAGACGGCCCUGGGAAAGAACCCAAAACCCAAAAUGGCCAACCCCACAGACGAGGUGAGACCAGUGACGACAGGACACAUACACACUCACUCAGACAACUCCACGGACAAUGUGAGACCAGGAAGAACAGGACUAAGAUAGAUAGUCUUUUGAGAGAGACACACACACACAAGUUGAGCUGUACUGGGCUGGCCUGGUUAUCUAUCCACCAUAGAAUGGAUGAAAGGACAAUGUAAAAAGAAAAUGUCUGAGCCAGUGCAGUACAGAUCAGGUUGGCCCUAUAGUGUGAAUGAGCGAGUCCUGAGAAGCAGUAACAGGAAGAGGAUAAAGGAGGAUGUGAUGUACAGACCUUGACUUGUACUGCCAGAGAGCCACUAGGGCUCUGGUCAAAAGAAGUGCACAAUAUAGGGAAUAUGGUGCCAUUUGCGAUUUAACCGAUUCUAU